AUGUCUGAGAGGCCUGUGCAGCUACUGAAUGACACGGUAACAUCUGGGCCUGAGCUGCAGCUGAGGGCCAUGUCAUGGUAUGUAGCCCCAUUGCAGCCAGGGUCUGGGCUGAUGUCCGGUGAUCCUGCUACCAUCAAAGGUGGUACAGACACCCAAGAUCAAGGGCCAAAACUCCCAGCCACCUCUCCAGAGCCAUGUCUCCCUGCAUGCUGCUGCGGUGCUUCCUGCUACGAUGGCUAUUACCGCACUGAGAAAGAUAAAGGCACACAGUAUGAACUCUUUUUUAAGAAAGCAGACCUUAUGGAAUACAGACAUGUGACCCUCUUCCGCCCUUUUGGACCACUCAUGAAAGUGAAGAAUGAGAUGAUUGACAUUACCAGAUCAGUUAUUAACAUCAUUGUGCCGCUUGCUGAAAGGACUGAAGCAUUUUCACAGUUUAUGCAGAACUUCAGAGAUGUUUGUAUUCAUCAAGACAAGAGGAUUCAUCUCACAGUUGUGUACUUUGGGAAAGAAGGACUAUCUAAAGUCAAGUCUAUCCUAGAAUCUAUCACAAGUGAGUCUGAUUUUCACAAUUAUACUUUGAUCUCACUGAAUGAAGAAUUUAAUCGUGGACGAGGACUAAAUGUGGGUGCCCAAGCGUGGGACAAGGGAGAAGUCUUGAUGUUUUUCUGCGAUGUUGAUAUAUAUUUCUCAGCCGAAUUCCUUAACAGCUGCCGGUUAAAUGCUGAGCCAGGUAAAAAGGUAUUUUAUCCUGUGGUGUUCAGUCUUUACAAUCCUGCCAUUGUUUAUGCCAACCAGGAUGUGCCACCCCCUGUGGAGCAGCAGCUGGUUCAUAAAAAGGACUCUGGUUUUUGGAGAGAUUUUGGCUUUGGGAUGACUUGUCAAUAUCAAUCAGAUUUCCUGGCCGUUGGUGGAUUCGACUUGGAAGUAAAAGGCUGGGGUGGAGAAGAUGUUCAUCUUUACCGGAAAUACUUACAUGGUGAUCUGAUUGUGAUUCGGACUCCAGUCCCUGGUCUUUUCCACCUCUGGCACGAGAAACACUGUGCAGAUGAGCUGACGCCUGAGCAGUACCGCAUGUGCAUCCAGUCCAAAGCCAUGAACGAGGCUUCUCACUCCCACCUGGGAAUGAUGGUCUUCAGGGAGGAAAUAGAGAUGCAUCUUCGCAAACAGGCAUACAGAACAAACAGCGACACCGCCGGGUGACAGCCAUCAACACAAGAAAGUCUGAACCACAAACCAGCACUGUUUAUUCAGCCUUAAUUCAAAUCCCAGAUUCUGUGCCUCUUCCAGAGGGGGAAAAUGUUUAUUUUUCAUGUUCUUCCUGAAUUUUUUCUGUAGUUCAGCUUGAUGUAAGAAGAAAACGCAGGUGUUUUGAUGCAAAGCCGGUUUUGUGAGAGCAUUAUAGUAGAAACAGUUUACAAAAUGAAAUUUGGUAUUUGUUUCCAAAAUAGUUUGAAAUAGAGUCUGCCUGGUACCUGUGUUCUGAUUGGUCCAAGUGUGCUAGGCCGAUGUUGAGUAGCUUGGCACAUCUAUAGGAAACAGAGUAUUGGUUCAUCAUGCUGUACAGGCAGAUAGCACUGCUAACUGCUAAGUCGAUCAUUCACCUUCAGUUUUUAAAUGAGAGCUUCUGUUGAUCACAUGUGGAAUAUUUUUCACA